GUUAUUUCCUUACAGCUCUAUUUCAAAGGCUCUUUCUUUCUGUGAGCACCCCACAGAAGACAUUCGUUGUUUGAUGGUUUCAGCGCCUGUUGUACAAGGAUUUAUAUUGAACUGAAGAAAGGCAAACUACCAUGAAUAUUUACCAAUUAGUUUUACUUUUAAUUCUCGUAUUCACAUUAUGUUUCUGGUGUGGUUAUAUUAAGAAGCAAAACCAGGCGGCAUUGAUAGGGGUUCGGUCGACCCCAAACUUGACUUACACAGCUGCGCCUACUCCUGACUUCGAGGAGGAACCCCUGCAGAAGAUUUUGAAGGAGGACCCUAAAUGGCUUCAGUUGUACGAACGUCAACCAAAGCACAGACCCAGCUUCACCUACUUGACCUCGGAACAUUCCAAAUGCAGGGAUGAGACGCCUUUUGUGGUCAUUUUCGUUGCAACCCGUCCAAGUGAAGUCGAAGCGAGACUGGCAAUUAGAGAUUCUUGGGCCAGUAAGAAGCAAUGGCAUGGGAAAUCUAUUCUCACCUUGUUUCUCCUAGGCAAUGAAAGCAGAGAGCAAACGGCAAAAUUAUAUUUAGAAAAUGAAAAAUACAGAGAUAUGAUAAUGCAAGAUUUUGUAGAUACCUAUAAAAAUCUAACACAUAAAACCAGAAUGGCUUUUCAGUGGCUGCAUGAUUUCUGCCCAAAGGCUCAGUACAUUAUGAAAACUGACUCUGAUGUAUUUGUUCAUCCUGGCAAUUUGGUAAAUUAUCUGCUCAAUUUGAAAGAAGAAUUUUCACAGACAUUGUUCACAGGCUAUCGGUUACAAGGUGCUCCCAUCAGAGACAAAAGAUAUAAAUACUAUAUCUCCUCUGAAGAGUAUGCUCUUAAUGUAUUUCCCCUCUAUUGCAGUGGGCUGGGUUAUGUUAUUUCAGGGAAUCUGGCCCUGAGAAUUUACAUGAUGAUGUGCCAUGUCAAGCCAUUCCCAAAUGAAGAUGCCUAUGUAGGAGUUUGUUUAAAACUAUUGGGAGGUCAGGUACAUAUUCCUGACAACAACCUCUUCUUCAUCCAAAGAAUUGACGUUGCAGACAAAAUUCAACAUUUGAUUGCAGCCCAUUGGGUGGAUCCUGUGGCCAUGAAACAGCACUGGGAGACAAUCCAGAAGACAUAGGAGGACUUUAUUGCCAAAACAUUUUUGGAGAGAUGUAGUUGACUUUAUUGUUGAAUAGAUUAAUACAAUGUCUACAUGAUAAAGUAGUUAUGUACUGUUAUUUUUUACAAAUUAAUGUAAAUGAAAGUAAUACUGUAAAUAUUUCAUAACAUCCUAAAAACACUUAUGUUUGAAAAGGAACAGUACAUUAAAAUAA